UCGACUACGACAAACGCGGGCACUACUGAAUUUUAAAACAUGGCAUAUAGACCAUACUUCCAAUGGCCGGACAAAAACUCUAGCCUGAGCGAAGUGGACUAACGCUGUGGGGUCGGCAGAGUGAAAGAUGAUCUGCGCCUAUCGCACUUGCACAUGGGCUGUGAGCAUCUGUAGUCGGCUUACACUGCUGCGCGGAUGGAGCGGCGGGUAGGCACACGACUUCUGUAGUGUCGGGUAGGCACAUGGCGAAUAUGGGCAUCGCGGCAUGCAGAAUCAUCCAGUCAUGCAACACGCAAUUUCCCAUCCUUCGUACACUUGCUGUUCGCGACGCCGCCGACAUGUCCAAACUCGAGUGCUUCUUGGCCACCCUUCUCGAGGUCCCUACAAAGAGCCCGUUCGUCUCAGCUCCCUCGAUCGUGCGGUAGCCGUUAACAGCUCGAGCACGGUUGGAUAGCGUGUGGUACAAGUGAGGCACAUGCGGAGGCUGGAGUCGAUAGCAUUGUCCAUGGCAGCCUAAUUGGUUCGUUCAGAAGUUAAGAUUGA